CAGAGAAAGAUAUGGCUGGUUCCUCAACAUGCCUUGUCCUCAUCUCUCUCCUCUGGCAGCUCACAGGGUCAGCAGCCUCUGGAGCCCUGAAGGAGCUGGUCGGUGCCCUUGGUGGGUCUGUGACUUUUCCCCUAAAUGCCAUAGAAGAGCAGGUUGACAGUAUUAGCUGGACCUUUAACAAAACUAUUCUCGUCAUGGUACAGCCAAUGGGAGACGAAAAAGUCAAUGUCAUAGUGACCCAAAAUCGUAAUAAGGAAAGGAUGGAGUUCCUGGGUAAAGGCCACUCCCUGAAGCUCAGCAAACUGAUGAAGAAUGACUCAGGUGCCUACCACGUGGAGAUACACCGUUCACUCUCCCUGUUUCCCAUCACCCAGGAGUAUGUGCUGCAUGUCUAUGAGCACCUGUCAAAGCCCAAAGUCACCAUAGGUCUGCAGAGCAAUAAGAAUGGCACCUGCACAACCAACCUGACAUGCUCUAUGGCAAAUGGAGGAGAGGAUGUGACUUACAGCUGGGAGGCCCUGGGGCAAGCAGCCAAUGAGACCCUUGAUGGCUCCAUCCUCCCUGUCUCCUGGAGACAAGGGGAAGGGGACAUGACCUUCAUCUGCAUGGCCAGGAACCCCAUCAGCAGCAACUUCUCCAACCCCAUCCUUGUCAGGAAGCUCUGUGAAGGUGUCCCAGAUUCCUCCAUGGUCCUCCUCCAUUUCCUGUUGGUGCCCAUCCUGCUCAGUCCCCUUUUAAUGGGGCUAGUUCUUCUGAGUAUGCGGAGAGAGAAAGGAAAAGAGUCCAUUGAAGAGAAGAAGACAACAGACAUUCAUCAGGAAAUUCCUAAUUUCUGUCCCCAUGCUGGAGAGAACACAGAGUACGACACAAUCUCUUACAAUCAUGAAACUAUCCCAAAGGAAGAUCCAGUGAAUACGCUUUAUUCCACUGUGCAGAUACCAGAAAAGAUGAAGGAUCCUCAUUCACUGCCCACCGCACCAGACACAUCCAGGCUGUUUAGCUACGAGAAUGUCAUCUAGACAGCAGUCCACUCCCUCAAGUAUUGGCUUAAACAAAACCGUCCAAAGGAUUCACUGAUUUGACCAGAAAUAUCAAGGAAGAAUGAGGAACACUGACUUCCUUCCAGAAGAAACCAUUCUUUAGGCUCCUUUGGACUUAAGAGUUUGUAAUUCUACCCACUGAUGAGAAAUCUCCUCACACCCAAAAUGUGUGACUAUCCCUUCCUGGAAAUGUGACUGGGGAGGUGCGGCCAACCUCAAGAAAAGGGCUUAAAAGUGUCUCCGUAGACAUGUAAAUUCAGAAUCACAGGGAUGAAUGACAGCCUCUGUCAUAUUAAUGAUGACUCCAGGUCAGGGCCUGGAGUCUCCUUCCAUCCCAGGGCUGGGAGGUCAGGAAUAUACCCAAGUUAGAAAUAUAGCUAAGAGUCUGCUUGCCAGGAGGGCAAGAAGACCAGAACAGACAGACAUGUCCAGCAGAAGCAGAUGUAGCUGCCGAAAAUGGAUGUAUUCAUUGACUUAUCUGCUAUGUGCCUGGCAACAUGCUGAGCUUACACUGAUCGUCAGACAUGCUGUCUGCACUCUUGAAAUUGGCUCCUCAUGAGCUACUUCCAUGGGCAGUUGUGGCAGGCCUGACCACAGUUUCCCAAAGGGUCAGGCGUGAAUCCACAGGACUUGAAAGUCAAAGUGCGCAAAGGCGGAGGAUCCAGGUAGAAGACCAUGUUUGGCAGGCACCAUGGAUGAAGACUAAGAAGUGUGCGUGGCACAAGGACAAGGACCUCUGGCCAAGCUUCAUUUACACUCUUGUGCUGUAAGAGAAAUGCCUAGGCCUUAAGGCUUGUGAAGAGCCCCUGUUGAUGGAGAAUCUGAGCUUGAAGACACAUUUUAGAUGUAGUACACGAAACUUGGAGUCAGGAGUGGGGGAUGGGGGAGUUAUUUGCAAACCUUUAAAGUUGGUUAAUUCAUUACGUAAAUAUUUAUUGAGAACCUCUGCCAGGUUCUG